AAUCAGAAUCAAUAUUCGCCUCUAAGCAUGGACGAUGUCACGGAGAUCACCGACGAUGAGGUUUUUGACAUUUAUUACAAUGUAACAACCGCGGUCCACAUAACAACCACCCAUGCACCUGAAACUAGCAUGGGCCUCUGGGGCCUUUUGUUUAUAUUCGUCGUAAUUAUUCUCAUCAUUGUCCUGUGUUUUACAUGUAUGAGUUUGCUUGUCCUCUUCGGAUGUGUGAAGUCUUUCCUGUGUAUUCGUUGUCGGCGUCGUGAAGAACUUGUGGGAAGAAUCCUGUGACGAAGGCUGAAACUUUGUAUCCGAAUAAGUAAAGAUUACAGCUAGUUUUUUCAACUUAAAUUUCGUAGUUAAAAAACAAAUGAGCACAUGUUUAAUAAAUGGAAAGAAAAUGGAAUAAAAUGGAAGUCAAAGCCGUUACUCUGCUGAAAUUGGCGCUUUUUGGUAUCACUGGCCAGAAAGACCUUGGCCCACCUGCCAUGCAAAUGCGCCGCAUUGGCCACCACCAUCUUGGUGUCCUUGCCAAAUCGCGUGGGAUGGAAGAGUUUGUCCAUCUUGUGACCCGAUGACUGUCUAAUAAA